UUUUUUCCUUUUUGGUGUUUGCUCUCUCAAAACUAGUACCAUGUAUUUUUUCUCCACAGGGAAGCAGCUAUCCAAUACAUAAAUACAUAAAUCUUCUCUUUAAAAUUUUAGUAAACACUAAAAACCAUGGCCGGGAGCUGUGGAUUGAUGGAUAGGGGCAAAAGAUAAAAGCGUCCAAGGGGGUUGGUCCCUUGACUCUCUUCACUCUCUUCACUUCUCACGACUCGUCACAAUCCCAUUGUCCCCAAUUUCCAUCGGCCUCCUCCACCGCAGCCACCGUCAACGCCGCAACCACGACCGCCGCCGCCGCCGCCGCCUUUUCUGUUUUCAGUUAAUCAUUUUUCCCGUUAUUAGGGCUUCAAGCGAAGAAGAAAGCGUCCUUUUUGAAUGCUGUGAUUCAGUAUGAAUCACCCUCUGAACGCUCGGAUUCAAACCCCAUCUUCGUCUGCAUUUCCUCCUCCGUGCUUCUCCUCCGCCUCCCGAGCUCGCGAGUUCCCACGGCUUUUGCCAUUGGCAUUGUGUGCCUCUCAAAGGAUAAGUCAUUGCUUUGGGAUCAAAUUGGAGGCUUUUGUUGAUUUUAGUCUCUCAAAAAAUUCCGUAGCUUCCAGACAUUCCUUGGGACGCUCUGAAGCACAGGCUUGGUUUCUAAAGCAAGCUGUUAACAAGUACUCGUUGCCGUUAGAAGCGUUAGCAACUUCUAAAACUCAAGAUAUAUCUGCUGCGCCUCUUUCUCCUGGUGAAAAUAUAGGCGUCUUGUUGCUGAACCUUGGGGGCCCAGAGACUCUUGAAGACGUGCAACCUUUUCUGUUUAACCUUUUUGCUGACCCGGAUAUUAUUCGAUUACCAAGAUUGUUCCGUUUUCUUCAGAAGCCUUUGGCACAAUUUAUAUCUGUUCUUAGGGCACCUAAGAGUAAAGAAGGGUAUGCCUCGAUUGGUGGUGGUUCUCCUCUUCGCCGGAUGACUGAUGCACAGGCUGAAGAGUUGAGGAAGUCUCUGUGUGCAAAGAAUGUGCCAGCGAAGGUCUAUGUUGGUAUGCGUUAUUGGCAUCCAUUCACCGAAGAAGCUAUUGAACAGAUAAAAAGAGAUGGAAUUACAAAGCUUGUGGUGCUUCCACUUUAUCCGCAAUUCUCCAUAUCAACUAGUGGUUCAAGUCUUCGUUUGCUGGAGAGCAUAUUCCGGGAGGAUGAAUAUCUAGUGAACAUGCAGCACACAGUAAUACCUUCCUGGUACCAGCGAGAAGGAUAUAUAAAGGCCAUGGCAGAUUUAAUUCAAAAGGAGUUAGAAAAUUUUGACUGCCCCAAGGAGGUUUUGAUAUUUUUUACUGCUCAUGGUGUUCCACUUACAUAUGUGGAAGAAGCUGGUGAUCCGUACAAGGCUGAGAUGGAGGAAUGUGUGGACUUGAUAAUGGAAGAGUUAGAAAAGAGAAGGAUAGCAAAUACAUAUACACUUGCCUAUCAGAGUAGAGUUGGGCCUGUUGAAUGGUUGAAGCCUUAUACAGAUGACACAAUCGUUGAGCUUGGGCAGAAAGGAGUUAAACGUCUUCUUGCUGUCCCAAUAAGCUUUGUCAGUGAGCAUAUUGAAACUCUAGAAGAAAUUGAUGUUGAGUACAAAGAGUUAGCCUUAAAAUCUGGUAUAGAGAGAUGGGGGCGUGUUCCUGCACUAGGAUGUGAGCCCACCUUCAUUUCAGAUUUAGCAGAUGCCGUGAUUGAAAGCCUUCCUUAUGUAGGAGCAAUGGCAGUCUCAAAUCUUGAAGCUCGGCAGUCUUUAGUUCCACUUGGCAGCAUAGAAGAGCUACUGGCAGCAUAUGAUUCACAAAGAAGGGAGCUACCCCCACCUGUGACAGUUUGGGAAUGGGGUUGGACAAAAAGCGCAGAAACUUGGAAUGGCAGGGCAGCUAUGCUGGCAGUGCUUGUUCUUUUGGUCCUGGAAGUAACCACCGGUGAGGGAUUUCUGCAUCAAUGGGGCAUAUUGCCCUUGUUUCCCUGAAUGAAAACUUCAUAUCUGUUUGUGCAUAUGAGUAAAUUUUCCUCUUAUCAUUUUCUGUAAAUUUAUAGUACCAUAUUCCAAGAAGUCACACGCGAACACGUAAGAUGAGAAUGUCUUGUGGUGAGUAAACUAUAACUGUAAACACAAAAGGAAAAGAAAAAUAAAUAAAUAAAAGAAUAACUGUGAUGAAA